AUGUUUUUUAGACGGCGCUUUCAUCUGCAUGUCAUUCCCGAAUCAAAAGACGCCAACAAAUAUUCAAACGUACCCGCACUCUCACAACUUGCUCAUCAAGGAACAACAAACACAUUUCAAGAUCCCUCCAAGAGUUCCGCUGCUUUGCUAGACACGGAUGAGCAAUAUCUCAAGGGUGAUGAAGUAGAGACAUUUGAUGCAGCUAAAGAGAAGUUUAAAUCGCAAGAAAAGAAGCAUACAGAACCAAGAAAAGAAUUUAAACAAAAUACAGAUGAAGCUAAACAAGUCUCCAAGGAAUUCGAAUCUCCACCAGGUGAAAAUUUGUCUGUCAAUGCUUCUGUACAUCAUCAGCAUCCAAACUUACUCGGGAUCGUAAUUAAACAUGAUAAUGUAGCAAAGUUGACGACUGAUGAAUCAGUUGAUAAAUCUAAAGGCAUUGCAGAUCGAGGCUUGGAUGAAAGAGAUAAUGCUGCACCUUUGAUAACUGCAUCCGUUGCUGCCACUGAAGCCGAGGUUCAUAGUCACAAGUUAAUUUUUAAGCUUGGCGAAAAAUCAAAAGAAUUAGACCAUCAAAUAUUAAGCCUUCAUCAAUCAAGCAUUCCAAUAAAUGAUAUUUGUGAGGACAAGGCUUAUUCAGAAAUACCUGCACAUUUAAGUUCAUCAGGAGUGUCUGGUGGUGUCGAAGAGAUAGAUGACUCUUACGAUGAUAGUCUAAUU